UGAGGGUUUGAUUCAAAUUGCCACAUUCAGCGCCAAGUAGUAAUAAUCCCUUGGGCCUGGUAUACCGUUAUCAAGGGUAUUCAAUCUUCAUCGUUAUUAUUUUUCUGGUGCCCAGAGGUUUCGGAGUGUUUCCUUUCGACCGGCCUGGCCUGCUGUGUACGUGUGUAGUCUGUACAUCAUUCUGUGGUGGUUCACACAGUCACAGUGCUGGUGAAAGUGUGGGGGUGGCACUCAACUCAAGAGGUGCUAGGUGGCUUGUCAGUUGUCACCCACGUCCGCUGCAAAGCCUGCAUGUCAUUGCCACGCAGUGACGAUACACUCAGGUCGCGUGUGGCUUGGCUGGAGAUUUUUUUCUUUGCAGAAGAGCUCGGGCAGGAGCAGUAGACUUGGAGGGAGUGUGGUGGAGAGAGAGAGACACAGAGACCGACAGGGUGUUUUUUCCUGGAUUGAUCCACAGUCCCAACGCCACUAUCAGCCAUGCCUCUUGCGAAAACUAAUGUUUGGGGACCCGAGGAUGGCAGUAAACCAAAGGACCAUCCAACUGUGAUCCCCGCGGAUUUGGUUGCGGCUGAGGAGGAGUUCAAAGAUGAACACACGCCGACUAAGGAAAAGGAGCAUGACUUGAGUGUCGCCAAGCUUGUGCAAGAACAUGGCGACAAUGUCACUACAGAUGAUUUUGAAUUGCUCAAGGUCCUAGGCCAGGGCUCUUUUGGCAAGGUUUUCCUGGUUCGCAAGAAGAAAGGCGCAGAUGGUGGAAAACUGUAUGCUAUGAAGGUGUUACGGAAGGCCACGCUCAAAGUUCGUGAUCGAUAUCGCACAAAGAUGGAACGUAACAUUCUGAAGGACAUUGACCAUCCUUUCGUUGUCCAACUUCGUUACGCUUUCCAGACCAGUGACAAGGUCUACUUGAUCCUGGAGUUCCUGCGGGGCGGUGAUCUUUUCAAUCGUCUCAACCGUGAAGUGAUGUUCACGGAGGAUGAUGUCACCUUUUACCUAGCUGAGCUUGCUCUGGCACUCAACCAUCUCCACUCACUCGGCAUCAUCUAUCGCGACUUGAAACCUGAAAAUGUGCUGCUUGACUCUGAGGGGCACAUUCGCGUCACCGACUUUGGACUAUGUAAAGAAUCCUCGGACAUGCAGGAUGAUAAGGCCUACUCGUUCUGUGGAACGGUGGAGUACAUGGCACCCGAAGUUGUGAAUCGUCGUGGUCAUGACCACACCGCUGACUGGUGGUCGUUUGGUGUCCUGAUGUUUGAAAUGUUGACUGGCACAUUACCAUUCCAAUCCGGCAACAGAAAGACAACCAUGACCUUGAUCCUGAAAGCCAAGCUCGCCAUGCCCCAGUUCCUCAGUCCUGAAGCUCAGAGCUUAUUGCGGGCAUUAUUCAAGAGGAACCCGGCUAACCGUCUCGGAACUGGUCCGAACGGCUUCACGCUUUUGAAACGCCAUUCCUUCUUCAGGAAGAUCAACUGGGACCGGCUAUUCAAGCGAGAAGUCGAGCCUCCGUUCAGGCCUGCUGUAAGCAGAGAAUUCACUGUCAAUUUUGAUCCUGAGUUCACCUCCCAGGCACCAGUUGACUCACCAGGUGCACCCGAAAGUGCAAACACGCACCAGAUAUUCAAGGGCUUCAGCUUUGUGGCAGCCGAUUUAAACGCGGAAGUUGUGCACGAGUCUGGCCUGACACCGGCACCAGCACCGACAGGUGUCAAUCACUUUCUUCUCAAGUAUACACUUACUGAGGAGAAGCUUGGCAUUGGAUCGUACUCUGUGGUGCACAAAUGUAUCAACAGGGAGACCAAAGAAGAAUGUGCUGUCAAGAUCAUCACCAAGACUGCUUCUUCGUACAAUGAUGAGGAGGUGGAGAUCCUGGCCCGGUAUGGCAAGCUGCCGAAUGUUUUGCAAGUCCGUGAUGUCUUUCAAUACGGCAAUAAGGUCUACCUUGUAACGGAGCUGCUUCGCGGUGGUGAACUGCUCGAUCGAAUUGUGAGGCAGAAAUACUUCUCCGAACGUGAGGCCUGUCAAGUAAUGCGGGUGCUUUGCAAGACCGUCGCCGCUCUGCAUACUCAGGGUGUUGUCCAUCGCGACCUCAAGCCCAGCAAUAUCCUGUACGCGGAGGAGAGCUGCAUUCCCGGAUCUCUGCGCAUCGUUGACUUUGGCUUUGCCAAGCAGCUGCGUGCCGAGAACGGUCUGCUGAUGACACCCUGCUACACGGCCAACUUUGUGGCGCCCGAGGUCCUGAAGAAGCAGGGCUACGACGCCGCAGCGGAUAUCUGGAGUCUUGGCGUGCUGCUCUACAUGAUGCUGGCUGGUCGAAGUCCUUUCUGCACCAAGGACCACGACACUCCAAACCAGAUCCUCUCUAAGAUCGUCGAGGAUAACCUGAAAACUACCGGUGGCAACUGGGACACCGUCUCUGAUGAUGCAAAGAACCUGGUCAAAUCGAUGCUGCACAUUGUUCCCGGACAACGACCUCUUGCAAAGAUGAUUCUUGACCAUCCGUGGAUGAGGCAAGUUGACACUUUGCCCGACACUCGACUGAAGGCGCAUGGUGGCAAUAUCAAGCAUGAAGCCGAAGCAACUUUCCAAGCUGUCCAGGCGCCACCGGAAUCGAAAGAGUUGCAGGGCGUCAACACGUCGAAACUUGCUCUCCGGCGGAAACAGAAACCCAUCAAGGUGUAGAUGGAUUAGAACCCUAUUGACAUAAUUAUGAUCUCCUCCUCGGCAAGCCAUAGCGUAUCCCCUCUAGGCUAUACUGGCAAGCCGCCCUACUCCCAAACGAAACGAAUCGCAACAACAAGAACAACAUUGAUCCAGCAGGCCGCCGCCGGGUCAAGCUCCGUCCAGGCCAGCCUAACGUUCAUGUCCUAAAAACCCAACAACAGCUGUAUCGCACUGUACGCGCACACUAGCGCUCCAUCAUGUAGUUCACGUACACUGUAGUUGUAUACCUCUGUGUACCAGUAGCACCGGCGCAUGGCCGCGUCUCGUCACCUUGCACACUAUGUGCACCUGCACAUGCACAAACACACACAUGCACUCGCGUAUAGUAAUAGUAUUUUGUUUCAUUGCAAAGCUCCCGUAUUGGUAUGAUAUCCGUUUCCUCUGCUCUAUCGUGCUGUGAAGACAAAAAGAAUAGUGUAAGUCGUCCUGUGGUCCUGCCCAGAACCCUCAUUCCUUGGCCAUGUUCCGUCCCAGAAUCCUUGCCAUACUCUCUGGCAGUUGAUGUGUUGUAGAGCUCUAUUUGCCAGAAAAGCUGUUUAUUCUGUACUAUAAGUGGCAACGGCCCAUCUCGAUACUAGCUUGUUGCCAAUAAUUCUAAUACUGCAAUUUUUCGGCCGGGGUGAGGCCUUUCUUUACACUUCGCUACUGGGAUGUUUGCAUUCCGCUGCUGGUGUUUCUGCAGUGGAUUUGCAUGCUGUUUUCUGCUCUCCAGUUUUUUGCUGUUUCCCAUCCUCAGUGCUUGCUCGCUGAUAUAAAUAAUUUAGAACUCA